AUGUUUUGGCACAUAUUUUUGCUCGUUUCUGGUGUAAAGCUUUUGUUCAUACCGGCUUACCGUUCUACAGACUUUGAGGUACAUCGAAAUUGGCUUGCAAUCACGCACAGCUUACCACUUUCGCGAUGGUAUUACGAAGCAACAAGCGAAUGGACCCUCGACUAUCCGCCUUUGUUCGCUUACUUCGAAUGGUUGCUUUCCCUCGUGGCCAAAUCGUUCGACCCACGGAUGCUUGAAGUGAAGAACCUCAACUACGCCUCGGAACAGACGGUCAUUUUCCAGCGAUUUUCCGUCAUUGUAGCGGACGUCAUAUACGCCCUCGGAGUUCGUCGCUGCCUGCGGGCAAUGACCGCCAGUACUCCGAAUGCUUCCCGUUCCGUCCUUAUCGGUGGAGCGCUACUCCUUGGUAACGCCGGUUUGCUUAUGGUGGAUCACAUCCACUUCCAGUACAAUGGCUUUCUGUUCGGGGUUUUGCUGCUGAGCAUUGGGGCACUGAUGGAAAAUCGGCCCCUUCAAUCGGCCCUGCUGUUUGCCGUGCUGCUGAAUCUGAAACACAUCUUCAUCUACGUGGUCCCGGUUUAUGUCGUGUAUUUGCUGCGUUUUUAUUGUCUCCGUAAUUCCACCGCCGGACAAGCGCUAAUGAAAUUAAUCAAACUAGGCGCCGUCGUAACGGGCGUUUGUUUACUUUCAUUCGGACCAUUCUACGAACACAUACCACAGGUGCUUUCCAGAUUGUUUCCCUUCAAACGCGGUCUCACGCAUGCCUAUUGGGCGCCUAACUUUUGGGCCUUGUACAACACCGCCGAUAAAGCGCUGGCCGUAGCCCUCGGACGUCACGGCACAUCCUCGAGCACGAGUGGAUUGGUGCAAACGUUCGAACACACCGUUCUUCCGUCGGUUAGCCCCACGGUGACGUUCGUGCUCACCGGAUUAGCGAUGCUUCCCGUCGUCCUGAAGCUGUGGUCCUUCAAGGCGGCACUAUCAUCGCCCAAUCUCUGUCGCUGCUUCGUACGGGCCAUCGUCCUGUGUGGUUGUACAUCGUUUCUCUUCGGCUGGCACGUACACGAGAAGGCCAUCCUGAUGGUGCUCAUCCCACUUACGCUGCUGGCCAUCGGCGAUAAGAAUGAUGCCCGCUGGACCGUCUUUCUGGGCGUGGUAGCGCACUACUCCUUAUUUCCGCUGUUGUUCAAACCGGAACUGACGCUCGUCAAACUUAGCUUGCACACCGUGUACACCGCGGUCAGUGUGCUGCUGUUGAAGCUUCUGCACCAGAAAGCGUUCUUCCGAACGGUGGAGUUCCUGUAUCUGGCCGGGUUUCCUGUGCUGUGUGCGUACGAACAUCUCGUCCACGAUGCAAUCGGCCUUGGCAAACGAUUGCCAUUUUUGCCGCUGCUAUUGACGAGCGUAUACUGUGCUGUAGGCGUAGUGUACUUUUGGCUCUGUUACCAAGUGUCCUUCCUGAGGACAACGGAAGGCAACGUGGCAGCGGAGAUGAAAAAGACUAAGUAAAUUAAGACUAAAGCAAGGAGGAUUAUCAUGAAGUAGGGGAAUCUAUGUUUUCUUUCCUGCUUCAUCAAUGCAAAACUAAAGUGGAUGUAAAAUAUC